GCCGGGUUCAUAUAACCUCGAAGAUGGGUAUCGACAUCAACCACAAGAAUGAUCGUAAAGUGCGGCGAACAGCACCCAGAAGUGAAGAUCCUUACCUGCGUGUGCUUGUUAAGGUCUACAAAUAUUUGGCACGUCGAACUGCGAAAAAGUAUAACGCAACCGUUCUGAAGAGACUUUACAUGUCACGCAAACAUCGUCCUCCAAUGUCACUUGCGCGACUCGUACGAAACUUGAAGAGGGGUGAGAAUAUGAAGAAAAUUGCCGUCGUAGUUGGAACAAUAACCGACGAUCACAGAAUCUAUGAAGUACCGAAACUUACGGUAGCAGCUCUUCAUGUUACUGAAGGUGCACGUGCAAGGAUCUUGAAGGCUGGCGGUGAGGUAAUCACAUUCGAUCAGUUGGCGUUGAGAGCACCAAAAGGCGAGAACACCCUACUCAUUCAAGGACCCAGAAAGCAGAGGCUCGCUGAACGCAGAUUCGGUCCUGCUCCUGGAGUACCGCACAGCCACGCUAAACCUCUGGUGCGCUCGAAGGGUCGCAAAUUCGAACGGGCUCGUGGUCGAAGAAAGUCACGUGGUUAUAAGAACUAAGAAGGCGGUUGAAUUAGUUGCGUUUGUGAGUUUUUGUGCAAAUAUUUUGCUGUUGUUGUUGUUGUUGGCUUGGUGGUGUGUGAAGGUGGAGAAGAGAGUGAACAAAAUUGAAUAUUUUAUCGUCAUCAUCCAACUACUGAAAUCUUUAUUUGCAAUGAAUGUGAUCGAUUGAUUGCUUGUUGUUAAU